AUGCUUCUCAUCAGUCUCGUAGUGGACGAUGUCGACAUUGCGGCCGACUGCAUCAUCCACGUCUGGUAUUCUGCCCUCCUCUGCAAAUCCGACCUCGAUAUGCAGCAUCGCAUCCGCCCAGUCCUCGAGGAGGUCUGCCACAAGCUGAAGGGAAAGGGUGCUGACACCCUCCAAGCAAAGACCUGGACGUUCGGCCAGCGGUCGCUGAGACUCGUGCUGAAAAGGUCUGCGUGGGACGACCUCUUGUCCUUCACGGACACCCCCAAGGGCCUGACGGCUAAUCGGGCACAUGAGAUUCGCAAAGCCGUCACCCUCGCCGAGAGCAGGAAGGACUAUCGUGAUCGUCACCUUCUGCUCCAGUCCCCGUCCCAUCAAAUCGCCCUAACACGCUUCCGCGAGGACAGACUUCUGCUUCCGUUUGGAGCUGCGCGUGAUGCCUUUCGGCACCCCAACCCAACCAUUUACCAGGAAGCGAGUUGGCCCAUGUACGACAAUGCCGAACCCCUCAAUGGAUGGUCUGCCAAGGACGUCCAAGAGACUCAGACCGGGCCUGCGACCGCCGACAUCUACGGCAAGCUCUUCAUCAGCCUUCGUACGGUACUUCGGGCAUUUCUCCGUCGUCUUUCAAGCUCGCAGACCUCAUUUAGACUGUUCCAAGUGGAUGCAUCUGCUCUUCCCAGGUUCUUGGAGAACAGCACCUUCAGCCGGAUUGAGGUCUCCAACAUCUCCGAUGCCGGAUAUCUCGGCAUCCAUCACACGCUCAACCUGAUGAUUCCCCUCCUUCAAAGCCCUCUCGUCGACCCCCACGGGACGCUGAUCACACUGUUCAUGAACGCUGUGGAUGAGAAUGCCACCGAAAUGGAAAGGCUUACAGACAUGAAGGCGGAUGGCAUGGUGAUGAAGCGCAUUCACAAGUACCUAUCGCCCAGCGGAAGACCGCUCAAUUAUUACGACACCACAAUCUUCAAAAUCAUGGCUGCUCGGGAUUGUGUCCCAACUUAUGACCACGUCUUUGACCGGCACGCUGCGAAGCUUAUGUUCUGCCAGAGUGCUCAAUUGGUUGGAGCCGCGAUGAAGGGAAGCCACACUGUGAUCGAGAAGUGGCCGUUCAGAUUGAAGCUGAGGCCCGGACAGACGGGCGCUCAGGAGGAGUUUGAUCGCCUUCUCGGAGGAAGAGUUUCGAGCAAGGAGCGUUACGUGGAGUGGAAGAGAGUUUGA